AUGUCAAUGGAUCAUAGCAGCUGUGUGCGUCCGCAUGUUCCAGCACUUUUACCGCCUACAACGGUCGACUCGUCGUCAGCAUGCAAACCCUAUUGGCCAGAUGAUUACGAGUAUGAUAUCGAAAUAUUUGUUUUGAAACUACUCUUUCCACAUGAAUACAACUCUGGCAAUGCGAAAGCGCACUGCUACGAAAAGGAGGGCACUGAUACUGAAUGUCCGCAUGCGGGCUAUCGAGAGCUAAUUGGAAUGCUCCACCAGAAUUGCUCUUACGUACUAUUGGAAUGUUCGUUGGGUGGUAAGGCAUUCAAUUGUUGCCAUUACUUUGUUCCAUUUCAAACACCGUAUGGCAUUUGCUUUCUACUGAAUUCGCUACAAAAUAACCAUCCCAACAGCGAAUAUUGGUUCCCAAAUGUGGUUGAAGACAAUCAUGCUGCUGCAACAAUGCGUCUAGUUACCCAAGUGGCAAUGGAGGUUUUCGUUAUCAAUAAGGAGGAUAUACCCUACGCCAACUUGGCUGGCAUUACGGUGAAGAUAGCGACGCCUGGCAAGCAUACGGAUUUUCGAAUUUCGCUGCAAGAAAUGAUCAACGAUCCGGAUGUACAUGAAGUGAUACCAGAACACCGAGGUUGCCGCUUUCCCCACGAGGUCACGCCGCAUUCAUCCUUCCGUGCCUACAGCUUCAGCGCCUGUAUGGUCGAUUGUAUACGUUUGCUGCAGAUGCGUUACUGUAACUGCACAAUGUACAAUUUGUUGCCGGUGCCGCGGAAAGAUAUGCCCGAUUGCGAUUACAGUGGCUACUUGUGUUUGGAGAAGGAGACGAAGGCUACGCCGGAUAUCAAAAUGUUGCUACCCUGGCCGGAGAAUAAUGAAACUUGUGAUUGCUUGCCAUCGUGCGUUGAGCACGAUUUGCGUUCGGUAAUGGAGUAUAGUCCGAGCAAUCGCAAAGGCGUCAAAAACCGCAGCAUUGCAAUUAGUCUCUCUGAUCGACCCACUGAGCGUUAUAGGCGUCAAGCGAUCCGUACUCGCUUGGACGUUGUGGUCACCAUUGGCGGCAUAUUGGGCUUGUUUUUGGGCGCUAGCAUUCUCAGUCUCAUAGAGUUUAUUUACUAUUUCACUCUGCGGCUUUAUAAUAACAUUCGCAUGUCGCGAAGCAGUAGCCGUAACAGAGGCAAGGUUAAGGCUAAUCAGCGCGCUGUAAAGUAUUGA